AUGGCAGACGACGAUGUAGAAGAUACAUCUCCAUCAGCAUCUCAACCAUUUUUUAUUCGUGGUGGAAUUCCUUUUGUUUUUCUUCCAACAACAUUUACAACAGGUUUCACUGGUGAAAAUAACCAUACACGUGUUUCUACGGUCGAUGAACAAACAAAAACUGAAUCUAAAACGAAAAAAGUGAAUGACGAGAACAGUGAAGAAAUAAAAGUCGACGAAAAAGGAGUAGAAACAGUGGAGAAUGAUGAAACAGACCGCAAUAAUGAGAAUGACGAUAGUACAGAUGAAAAAAGUGAUCUUCGUAUUAGUCAACCCGAAUAUAGUCAAUUAUUAAAAGGACUUGAUUUUAGUCACGCAAGAAUGGUUGAUGUAACAAAUCUUUUACCUGAUGAACUUGAUCAACAAGCAAAUAGUUUAUCUACAAAUGAAAAUGAAAAACCCAAAAAAAUCUUAACUAAUGUAAAAUAUCAAAGUUCAUUAUCAGCUGAUUCAUCAGUAUCAAGUGAUGAAUUAUUAAAUAGUCAAGCAAAAGAAAAUGCUAAUUUUAAAAAUGCUACUAAUGAUAUACAAAAUGAUUUAAAUAAUUUAGCUGCAAUUAUCCAAGCAUCAUCACAAUUAUCAGCUGGUAAUAAAGAAGAAGAAGAAGAAGAAAAUAAUAAUAAUCUGCAAAAACGACAUACUUUUGAUGAAGAUGAUGACACAAGUAAACAAGCAACACAAAAUUAUGAUCUGAACGAUUUUGAACAAGAGGACAUAGUACCAUCAUCAAGAUCGAACAAAAUUCCUCGUUUAAUUAAUCAACAACAUUCAAAUGAUAUUCAAAAUGAAAAUAAAUCAUCCAUGUCAUAUGUAGAUAUGAAUACAAAUAUUCAUACUGAUAAUCAACAUCAAACAAAAGAACAAGAAGCAUUUAUCGAUUGGGAUAAUUUAGUUUAUGGAGCCGAUCCAGUUAUACAACCAUCAAAUGAAUUAAUUUUUCCUCAACCAAUUGUUGAUUCACAUUCAACACCUAAAAGGCCACAAGAACAAAAUCCAUUAGAAUCUUCACAAGAAAAACCUAAACAACGAUUAAAUUUAUCAACACAACAAAAAAAUCAUCAUCGAAGUCGUCAAAUAACAUCAUCGUCAUCAUCUUCAUCAUCAGAUACAGAUUCUGUUAUUCAAUAUGCAUUACAUCGUCCAAAACAAAAACAACCAUCACCACCACCAUCACAACAACAACAACAACAAAAAACAACCGCACCAAUAUUUCCACCAAAAACAUUAAGACAAGAUAGUCAAGCAACAUUAAUUGAUGAAAAUCUUGAUGAUUUAAGUAGUCAAUUAAAACAAGUUCUAAUUGAUCAAGAACGACAAACAUUGAAUACAAGUACAAAAGAAGAACGAACAAUAGAUGGAAUCGGUUCAAUGUCAUUACCAUUAUCAACACCAGAUAUACUUUCAACUAAUUUAGUUGAUAAUGAUAUAUCAAAUCGAAUAAAUGAUAAUUUAGUUCGACAUUUAUCAAAUCAACAAAUAAAUUAUAAUCAACAAGGUGAUCGACAUUCAUUUGACAUUCCUGAACGUUCGAGUCCACAAAGAAAAAAAACUCAAUAUCAUCAAAAGCAUGUAACAUCACGUCAUUUUGAACGUAAAGAUGGAAGUGGUUCACGAAAACCAGACGAUAAUUGGUUAACUAUGCUUGAUAGACUUGAACGUGAACAUAAAACACGUUUAGAAAAACAACAACAACAAUAUGAAAGUUCCAUGCAUAAUCUAGAAGAAAAAAUGAAACGUCGUUUUGAUGAUUAUCUUACAUUAACAAAUGGUUUUCAAGAAUCAAGAUUAGAUAAUCAUGAUGAUGCAAUAUAUGUAUAUCGUACACCUUCAUCAGUACCAAUUGAUUCAAAUAUAGGAAAAUAUAAAGAUCAUUCACAUCAUAAUCAUCAUCAUCGAACAUUAGCUAAUGAUCUUAUUUCUCAUUAUUAUCCAGCCGAUUCAACAUUGAAUAUUCUUACAUCAGAAAAAAGACGACCUAUAAAUACAAAUAAUAUACCACGAUCACAAUCAAGAGAAGAUAUUGCAAAUCUCCGAACAGAACUCUCUGCUUUACAUGCAAAACAUAUAGCUGAUUUAAAACUAUAUUAUGAAUAUGAAAUAAAUGAACUUAAAAGUCAAUUAAAUCGAACAAGAAUGGGUCAAACAUCAAGUAGUACUCGUCAAUCAAUGGAUGCCAUCGGACGAAUAAAUAAUGAAAAUAUUCGUUUAAAUGAUGAAAUUAAUGAAUUACGUCAUUCAUUAAAAACGACAGAAGACGAAAAUAUUUUACUUAAAAAACAAGUAGAAGAAUUACGUGAACAAAUUAGUAAUAAAGAUCUUGAUCUUAAAAAUUAUCAUCGUACAAUAAUAGAUCUUGAAAAACAAUUAAGUGAAGCUGAAAACGAGCGUCUUCUUCGACUUGAAGAACGUUAUAAUGAACAAGAAAAUGAAAAUGAAAUUCUACGACGACAAAUAUUUAUGUUAGAAAAUGAUAGUAAUCGAAUAAGUAAUCGAAUAACUGAUGAUCUUAAAUUCAGUUCGACAAUGACUUUAAAUCAGACAACAUCAGCAGAAUACGGACGUUUUGCAUUAGCAACCACAAGACAUACGUCACCGACAUUGAAUACAUCAAGAAACACAAAUAUUGAUUCUCGAAGAUAUCAAUCAAAUGAUGUUGAGAAUUCAUUACGUCAUACUCAUUCACCAAGACCAAUGACAAGAAUUAGUGAUUAUCUAAAUGAAAAGCCUACUUUUCCUCCACCAUAUGUACCUCCAUCAAGACAUUCCUAUUCGCCAAAAAAACCUUCACCUAAUCGUCGUCGUGUUGAACCCAUGUCAAAUAGAACAUCAAUUGAUAGACAAACGAGACAAAGUGAACAAUUAGAACAAAAAUUUGAUCAAUUAUUAAGAAAAAAACGUGAAUUGGAAACUCGUCUUAAUCGUAUACCAAUAAGAGGUUUAACUAAUAUUGAUCGACAAUUAUGCGAUGUACUUGAACGAGAAAUUGAACGUGUUGAACAACAAAUAUCAAGUGUUAAACUUGAACUUCGAAAAUUAAAUGUUUUACGAACGCACUAG